AUGGGCCCCACUGACGGCUGCAGUGAUCCUGACAAGGGGUCCAGUGGGACCCUUGGCUCCCUGGAACUGGAGCAGGUGACAGAAAACCUGCACAACAGCACACAGACCCCCAAAACUGUUAGCUCAUUUGCCUCGAUGGAGGCUUUAAAGAAUAAGGACAUCUGUCAGGCGGAGACGGUGGAUCCAGAGACUGAAAUGAAGGACUCAAUCACCAAGACCGUACUCAUCAAACCAGCAACCCGUAGUGUGGACUUGGGCAGCCCCAAGCCGUUCUCCAUCUACUUGGACAUACCUGACUCGGCCAGUCCGGGAGAACUGUUCCCCAUCGAAGCCAGGGUCUCCAACAAUCUCAAGGAGUGCAUCGUGCUGCAGGUGAGUCUAGCCGAGGCUGAAGGGCUGGAGUUCCCAGAUGGAAAUGCCAAGCACAUCAGCUGCCUCUGCCCUGGCCAGAACCGAUCAUACGUGUGGGAGGCAAAGACGUCCAAGUUAGGCCAGACCAUGCUCGGAGCCUAUGCCGAGGUCCUCGACCGGCCGAAAAUCUGCUUCGUCAAAACCGUGGUUCCGGACCUGGGCCGGAUAGACCAAAUCUCCAAGCCCGUGCUCAUCCGGGUUCCCGGAUCUCCCAAGGCCAACCUCCCUGUCUCCCCACCCCCGGCUGCGGCCGACCGGCGACCCUUCUCUGUGCAGCUGGACAUGCCCAGCUCCGUGAUCAGAGGCGAGCCCUUCACCCUGAAAGCCAAGGUGACAGACCACCUGGAUGACUGUAUUGUGGUCGAGAGCAGCAUUGCAGAAGCUGAUGGGGUGGUGUUUGACUACGGGAACUACCGGUACACAUCCUGCCUCUGCCCGGGCAGCCCCAAGAACCUCUUCUGGGAUGUGAAGGUGGUGAAGCCAGGGCAAGUGGUCUUCACAGCCAUCACCAAGGCUGUGAACGAGAAAAACAUCUGUGUGGACAAGGUGGUGGCUCCAGCAUCGGGACAGAAAGAAAUGACAACCAGAGUCCUGUUCGUCAGUGACGCUUAGGGGAAGCAGGAGAAGCCAGAACCUGUGCUGUGACCAUAUCCCGACUACCCACUUGCACAUGCAGCAUCCAAGGACUCAAUCCUGUCUCUACUCCCAGGGCUCUGGGGGGAUUCCUGAAGAGAGCAGGAUGAAGCAGCUGAUUCCCACCAGGAAGGCCCAGAGCCUGUCACUCUCAGAAUGUCAUGUCAUGCCCACCUGCCUGCCCCUCUGUCCUGGACCCUUCCUUCUAGAUCAAUAAAACCCUCACAAUU